AUGAUCAAUCGCUCGCAUGCCAAUAUCCAUAAGCACGAGCACGAGCACCAGCAUGAGCAGGAGCAUGAGCAUGAGCAGGAUGACGCUCCAGAGAUGAAAGAUCCUCUUCAGCCUGGAUCCUCCGACAUCGACGAAAGAAUGAGUACGCAACUUGCUUUGACCCAUCCUGCACAUACUUCAUACUUUUUUCCAGAUCUGCUAACAACAACCCUAGCCCGGGAUUAUAAGGAGGCCAUUGACAAAACCAACAUCCUCAACGAAGAUCGCCUUCGCCCCGCAAAGCCCCAGUCUUCCAGGGCCUACCAAGAACCAUCCGAGGAAGAAAUUGAUAUUUCUUGGAGGCCUGAUCCAUCGGGUCAUCCGCGGAGGACAUUCUAA